UACAAGUGUCGCUCGAGUAACUCACGAUAGUAGUUGCUCGAGUGCUUUACACGCGCCGGCACCAAGUGUGUUUUGUACAUUUUCAACACAUAUUCCGUGCGAUUCCUAUAUCCAAAUUGUUGUUUACCACGUGUUUAGAAAACAGUAAUGCUACAAGUUAAUAAUAUUAUUACUAAACGACCAACUUGUUUCUACUAAUUAAUACUAUUAUUAUUGACAUUAAAUAAUUUAAAAAAAAAAUGCUACAAACUCGAGGAAUAAAAUACGUGACAACUGUAUUAAUGGUGUUUGUUCUCUCGAACACCGAGGGAGUAUUCCGGAAUCACGAAACUCUGAAGACAGUAGUGAAUAUUGGUGCCAUCUUACCACCCAAUACAUUAACUGAAGUAGCAUUCUCUUCUACUCUUACCAGAGCUUCAAUGGAAAGCGAACAUUACCAUUUUGUUUUAAAAGUAUUGUAUGCUCCAUAUGGCGACAGUUUUGCUGCAUCUAAAGCUGCUUGUGAACUGAUCGCGGACGGUGUGAUUGCGAUAUUUGGUCCAAUAGACGUUACUUCAGCCACCAUUGUGGAAGCUCACUGCCGCGCUGCGAGAAUUCCACAUAUCCAAGCAACUUGGCGACCACCUCGAGUCCGAGGACAAGAAUUGCCGAGCCCCCCUGGUAUCAACUUACAUCCCGAAGCUGUCGCCCUUUCAAAAGCUGCUGCACUCUUCAUAAAAGACAGUGAUUGGAAUACUUACACACUUCUAUAUGAUGAUGACUAUGGUCUUGUAAGACUUCAAGAGAUUAUAAAACAUGCUAAUCCCGAACACAAGUGGGUUAUAAAAAGAUUAAAACCGGGCGAAGACAACCGUCCUUUACUAAAAUCAUUAAAAGCUACCGGUGAAACAAGGAUUAUAUUAGAUUGUUCUGCCAACAGAGUACUAGAAUAUCUACGACAAGCGCAUGAAGUUAAUUUCUUUGCAGACUAUAUGAGUUAUGUUCUUAUGUCUCUAAAUGCACACACUUUGGACUUGGAAGAACUGCGAUAUGGAUUAUCAAACGUAACUUGUUUUAGAAUUUUCGACCACUCAGAUUCAAGAACACGAUCUUAUUUAGCGGACUGGAAAUCAAGAUCAAAUAAUAAUGUAAAAAUACCUAGACAAACAUACGAAAUUACUGUAGAAGCAGCUUUAGCUAGUGAUGCAGCAAGACUUAUAACCGAUGCAGUAGAAAGUGCACCAGAAGACUUUACGAUAGAGGCAAAAGCGAUCGAAUGUGGUUCAGAGGAUAUAUGGGAAAUUGGAGAAGAAUUUACUAACCAUUUAUUAACAAAUCCUAUAAUAGGUAUAACAGACCAGAUCAUAUUAGAUAAUAUAACAGGAGAACGUACAAACUUCAAUAUAGAAAUAAUGGAACUAUCAAACAGUGGUUUUAAUAUGAUAGCUAAGUGGAAUCCAGAUACUGGAUAUGAGUAUAUGAGAUCGGCGACGGAUGUAUCAGACCUCUUGGCUGAAAAGUGGCAAAACAAAACAUUCAAAGUAGUGUCACGAAUUGGCGCUCCGUAUUUAGUUGAAAGAGUUCCAGAAGAAGGUGAAGUUUUAACUGGAAAUGAUCGGUAUGAAGGCUAUUCAAAAGACUUAAUUCAUGAAAUAUUAAAAGAGACUUUAAAUUUAAAUUAUGAAAUAGAGAUUGUACCAGGAAAUGGAUAUGGUUCAUAUUCAAAGGAAACGAAAAAAUGGAAUGGUCUUAUCGGACAUCUUUUAGAAAGGAAAGCUGAUUUAGCAAUUUGUGAUUUGACGAUAACAUACGAGAGACGAUCUUCCGUAGAUUUUACAACGCCUUUCAUGACAUUGGGUAUAAGUAUUUUAUAUUUAAAAGCAACUCCGCCACCUCCAGAGUUUUUUUCAUUUUUAAAGCCAUUGUCUGUAGAUGUUUGGAUUUAUAUGGCCGCCGCAUAUUUAAUGGUAUCUUUAAUGCUUCAUUUUUUAGCCAGAUUUUCUCCAAAUGAUUGGGAAAAUCCUCAUCCUUGUGAUAAAUCACCUGACGAGUUGGAAAAUAUAUGGCAUAUUAAAAACUCUUGUUGGCUAACUAUGGGCUCUAUAAUGACACAGGGAUCAGAUAUUUUGCCUAAAGGUUAUUCCACUCGAUGGGUAUGUGGACUUUGGUGGUUUUUCGGAAUGAUAAUGUGUUCCUCAUACACUGCAAAUUUAGCCGCCUUCUUGACUAAUGCCGCUAUGGAUGAUUCAAUCAAAAGCGUUGAAGAUCUGGUCUCACAAACAAAAAUCAAGUACGGAACUGUAAUCGGUGGCUCGACUUAUUCAUUUUUCAAGCGUUCAAAUGUUUCUACUUAUCAAAGAAUGGGGGCAGCUAUGGAAUCAGCGCGACCAUCAGUUUUCGUAAAGAAUAAUGAUGAAGGAGUAGACAGAGUUCUAAAAAGUAAACGAACUUAUGCAUUUCUUAUGGAAUCUACUGCAAUAGAGUACCAAUUAGAAAGACACUGUGACCUCAUGCAAGUAGGAGGCUUACUAGAUUCUAAAGGAUAUGGAAUAGCUAUGCCAUUUUAUUCAUCUUAUCGCACUGCUGUGGAUAAUGCUGUAUUGAAAUUAGCUGAAAGUGGUAAAUUAGUUGAACUUAAAAACCGUUGGUGGAAAGCGCCCGAAACUGGAGGAUGCAUUACGGAAGAAGCGGGUGAAGAUACUAGUGCAGGAGAAUUGGGAAUAGAAAACGUCGGCGGUGUUUUUGUAGUACUAGGAGUUGGCUGCGGUAUAGCAUUGGGAAUGGGGAUCAUUGAAUUCCUCUGGCAUGUCAGGGAAGUUGCCAUAGAGCAAAAGAUGACACAGUCAGAAGCAUUUUGGGCGGAGCUAAUAUUUGCAUUGAGUUUCUGGGAGACGGAAAAACCAGUAGAACAUUCACGACCCUCGUCAUCUGCGUCUGAAUCCAAAGCUGGAUCAAGAGCUUCCUCCGUUCUCCGUUCUGCUGCCGAUUUGUUCCAUAUUGAGAUGUUCAAAUAAUUAAGAAAUAAUAUUGUCUCAUAAUAAUAUUUGGAAAUUGUAAGAAUACAAGAAAGUCCUAAAAUGAAUUCAUAGUAUAUAAUAAAUACAAUAUUUUUUUUUUAUGCAACAUAGAAUAGCAAAUAAGCUGAUGGCACAAGUGAUAAUAAGUGGUAUCCGUCGCCUACAGACAUAGUUGCUAUGCGAGUACUAAAGAAAUAUUUUUUUGGAUUACAUCAUUAUGUUUAAUAUGCUACCAAAGUAGAUAUUUUGUUACCUGAUACAACAUUUACUAUAACAGUUAUUACAAAUCGGAUGCAAUAAGCAACAUUCAGAUAUUGCAUAUUUGCUGAAUACAGAAACGACCGACGUAAUCCAUGACAGUCAGUACUAGAUAAAUAGACUGUUUGUACAUAUGUAACUUUCGAAAAGCAUAGCAAUAAUAGAGAUGAAAUCAAAUAGAAAGAAAGGCAGGUAAUAUCCAUACUGUAUGUACUAUUAUUUGUACGAUAAUAUUUCAUCCUGUUCAUACUGUAACAUGGUAUAAAAGAUACAGAAACAGAUUAUCGAUUCCCCAAUAAUUUUACUCGCAUCUUUUUUUUCUAACACACAUAUAUGGGAUAGAUAUUUAAAUAUUGUUUAUAUUUUUUAUGUUUUCUAUAACUAUCUAAUUUAAAAUUUCUGUUAAUUAUCGGUUAUUUUAAUUCUUGUACAGCUUUAGUGGAGGUCUAAUACACUGCGUUAACUUUCAGUAGUAGGAGGUUCGAUUCCCGCAUACUCAAUAGAAACAUUUGUAUUCAUGAGUAUAAUAUACUAUAUACUUAUAUUACGUAAAUAUUUUCUAUUUACCUAUUUUAUAUACAUACUCGUACUUAGAGAGAAAACAUAUAGGUGUAUAUAUAUACCAAAAGUCUAAUAAUCGUAAUAAAAGCUGCUUUCAGUUUGGUACUAGCUCCAACUAGUACCAUGCUAAGAACAGCUUUGCUUUACAUAAUAUGUUCAGAAUUAAAAUAUACAUAAUUCUGUUUAUUUCAUGUUAAGUGCUUAGAAGAACUUAAUUCUCUUAUUCCACCUUCCCCUUUCCACUAUAUAGCACCACGAAGAUUGGUCAGCAACUGCAGCUAUACACUGUAGACACCGACGCUCACGUUCUAAUAAGUUAACAACCUUUACGUAAACCGUGCCGUGACAAUGGUCUUUCCCGUGACAUGUUUCCUUCGUCCUAUAACGUAGCAUGAAAAAGCACUUAGUGCGGUCAACCGUUGAGGGUAGAACAAAGAAUGUUUUCGGUUGAUCACAUUUAUAGACCAUGUAGUCUCUAUGUUUGCUCAGGAUGGUGUGAUCACAUGUAUUGUAUUGUAAAAUCUUUAUUGAACAAACAUUUAAAAAAAAUA